AUGGCCACCGACUACAGCAAGAAGACCAACGCCGAGUUGGUCGAGAUCCUUAAGACUCGCUCUCUCCCCCACACCGGAAAGAAGGCCGAAAUGGUCUCGCGCCUCCAGGAAGACGACGAGAGCAAGCCAUCUGACGCUCCUGCCGCAGCUCCUGCCGCAGCCAAGACUGACGCCCCCGAGGACGUCAUUGACUGGGAUGACGAACCCGCCGAGACAAUUAUCGAGCCAUCCACGCAAGCUGGCGCAGCUGCGAUUGCGGCUGGUGGCCAGGGCGCAGUUUCCAACCCCGUCGCUGUCCCCAACCAGAAGCUCGACGAGAACCCCGCCACCACCGAGGACUUGAAGGUCGAGGCGACCGGCGCCAUCGUUGAACCCACCACUCAACCGGAAGCCGCGACUGAACAGAAGCCCGCCGUCGAUUACACACGAGGACUGCCCCAGACAGAUCUGGAGGCGGAGCUGGCGAAGCGCAAGGCUCGCGCGCAGAAGUUCGGUAUUGUUGAAGAUGAUGACACAGCAUUGAAGGAGGCUACUAAGCAGUUGGAACGCGCUAAGCGGUUCGGUACUGGUGCCGAGGGUGAGACUACUUCUGCUGCGGGUGUAAGUCGUCUUGACCAGGCACUUCCUGAUGAGCGCUCCCGCAAGAGACGUAAUGACAGCCGCAACGACCAGGGUGGUCGUGGAGGAAAGAGACGUGAUAAUGGACGCAACCGCAACCGUCAACGUGGGGAUGGAAACCGCAACCGCGACCGCGGUGAUGGGAACAAGACCAAUGCUGGCGUGAAGAAGCCUAAUGCCGGUGGGAACAAUGCCCAGAAGACUUGGAGUGAGAAGGAUCAUGCGGCCAUGGAGGCUCGUAAGAAGCGGUUUGCAGCAGCUGCUUGA